CCGACUCCAAUUGCGCCCCAAUUGCGACCCCUCUCCACUCCCCGCCACCAUGAUUGCCCAGCGCACCCUCUUCCGCGCCAGCCAGCGCAUGGCGCCCGUCGCCCGCGCGCCCCUCCGCCGCCGCAUGUACAGCAGCGAGUCUCCCAAGCAGUUCGCCGGAGCCGAGGACAACGAGUUCAACCGCGAGCGUGCCCGCAUCGCCGAGCACGCCGAGGAGAGCGGUAUCUUCUGGUACAAGCUCACCCUCUACGUUGCCCUCCCCUGCCUGCUCGUUGCCGGCAUCAACGGCAAGAUGAGGUGGGAUGCCCACUGGGAGCACGUAGCUCACGGACCUCCCAAGGAGGAGAAGCCCGAGUACGCCUACCAGAACAUCCGCACCAAGAACUUCUUCUGGGGCGACGGCGACAAGACCCUGUUCUGGAACGACAAGGUCAACUACCACAAGAAGGAAGAGUAAGGGUUUCGCCUCACCCAGUGCUACAAAAACAAGUAAGACCUCUAGAACCUGUCAGAGUACGCGGCUGCAGUCGUGCAUCGAUAUUGUACAUAAGCCCAGACACUUGUGUCGCUGGCAAUGCAUUUCAUUUGUCCCGUUCGAGCACCCACCUUGAGGCCAUGCCAUGCACAUUCGUGUACCGUACAUCCAUGUCCAAGAGACGACUGUACGUUCAGACGUGACAGCCUCUAGUG